AAGAACCCUGCGAACUACAUCUGCGAUUAUCCGAACUGCAACAAGCGCUUCACUCGCGCAUACAAUCUGCGUUCUCAUCAGCGUACGCAUACCAACGAACGCCCCUUCCUCUGCUCUCAUUGCAACAAAUCGUUCGCUCGCCAGCAUGACAGACGGCGACACGAGCAGUUGCACUCUGGUGUCAAAGCGUACGCCUGCGGGCCCCGGCCUGAGGAUUUCGCCGAGAAUGGUAUCGCUUGGGGUUGUGGAAAGAAGUUUGCUAGGAUGGAUGCAUUGGCGAGACAUUUGAGGAGUGAGACUGGACGGGAGUGUACGGCACCCUUGCAAAUGAUGGGACAGCCGGUGCCAAUGUUGGAGGGUUACGGUGAUGAAGGUGUAGCGGGUUUGCACGAUCAAAUGAUGAUCAUGUAAACCUUGGGGAUGGAUUUUGAUAUUUAUCAUGGAUUGGGACCGUUAUACGAUAAAGGGCUUGCAUGUACGUUAUCUUGGGCAUUUUCUGGGUUAUCUCUUCUAUCUUUUAUAUUUGGACUAGUUUGGUUCACCGGGCUUUAUGGUUUUCGGUUUUUCAGGCUUCGGUUUUUGGCUUUUGGCUGUAUGGUUUGGGAUUUUCGGUUCUGAUCUACUUUGACCUUGGUAUCUCUUGUGAUACGGACAUAUAUAAGCUGGAUAACAUAUUGUUCUCAUUGCCUUCCCCGCAUUUACCAGUAGGACAAACAUAUCGUUACCCGCGGUCGUCGUACGGCCC